AUGUUUAGACAAACCCGAGCCAUUGCUUCCCGCUUUUAUCGUGCACGCUAUCUCUCGACUUUUGAGAGACAUCGUGACACCUUUGAUCGUCUUGGUAUCUCCAAAGCUGGUAACAAGGGCGUUUUCGAUGGUGAAUGGAAAGGCUCUGGUUCCAUCAUCCCUGCUGUAAACCCGGUUAACAAUGAAGUCAUUGCUGAAGUUGUCUCGGGAUCCACAAAUGACUUGGAUGUUGCCUUGGACCGUGUUAGUGAGGCUCAAAAGCAAUGGCGUGAGUUGACUGUUCCCAAGCGUGGUCAGGUGUUGUUGGCUAUGCGUGAUGCCUUGGUCAAGAACCUCGAGCCACUUGGAAAGGUGGUGUCGCUUGAAAUGGGCAAGAUUCUCCCCGAAGGUAUUGGUGAGAUCCAAGAGUACGUUGAUAUCCUUGAAUAUGCUCUUGGUCUUUCUCGUAUGUUGAAUGGUCAGGUGAUUCCAUCUGAGCGCCCUGGACAUUACAUGCUUGAGACAUGGAACCCUCUUGGUACUGUGGGUGUCAUUAGUGCAUUCAACUUCCCAGUGGCCGUCUAUGGAUGGAACAGUGCUAUUGCAUUGGUUGCAGGCAAUGGUGUGCUAUGGAAGCCUGCUCCUACUACACCUUUGUGCUCUAUUGCUAUUACUCGUCUCUUAGAAAAGACAUUGCGUGAACAUCAACUUCCACCUGCUUUGUGUUCUCUUGUCACUGGUGGCAACGAAGUUGGCAGUGCUCUUGCAUCUGAUCCACGUGCUGAUUUGGUAUCAUUCACCGGUUCUACCAAAGUGGGCCGCGAAGUUGGCAAGGUUGUUCAAGGUCGCUUUGGCAAAUCCAUUCUCGAAUUGGGUGGCAACAAUGCAUUGAUUGUCAUGGAUGAUUGUGAUAUUGACUUGGCUGCACGUGCUAUUUUGUUUGCUGCUGUCGGCACUGCUGGUCAGCGCUGUACAACCACGCGUCGUUUGAUUGUGCAUGAGUCCGUUUAUGACAAGUUGAUGGACAAAUUGGUCAAGGCUUACAGCCAAGUUAAGAUUGGUGAUCCUCUCGAGGCCGGUGUCUUGUGUGGUCCAUUGCAUACCUCAGCUGCUGUCGAAGCCUAUAAGGAUACCCUUGAAAAGGUCAAACAAGAAGGUGGUGAAAUCUUGUAUGGUGGCGAAGCUCUUGGUGGCAACUUUGUUAAGCCCACGUUGACCCGUGUUAAGCCUGACAUGCAAGUCGUUCAAAACGAAGCCUUUGUACCUAUUCUCCACACAAUGACUUUCAAGACUCUCGAUGAAGCUAUUAGCAUCAACAACAAUGUUGCUCAAGGUUUGUCAAGCUCACUCUUCACCAACAAGCCUGAGAACAUCUUCAAGUGGAUUGGUCCUUCUGGCUCUGAUUGUGGUAUCAUCAACGUCAAUAUCCCUACCAAUGGUGCUGAGAUUGGUGGUGCUUUUGGUGGUGAGAAGGCAACUGGUGGUGGCCGUGAGAGUGGUAGUGAUGCUUGGAAACAAUACUGCCGACGAGGCACUUGCACCAUCAACUACUCUGGGGCCCUUCCUCUCGCACAGGGUAUUUCUUUCGAGUAA